GUGUAGAUGCAGUGAAAUGGCUGAAGCCACUGUUUCAGAGGAGCAGUUCAUCUGUCCAGUGUGUCUGGAUCUCCUGAAGGAUCCAGUGACCAUUCCCUGUGGACACAGUUACUGUAUGAGCUGCAUUACAGACUGCUGGGAUCAAGAGGAUCAGAAGAGAGUCUACAGCUGCCCUCAGUGCAGACAGACCUUCAGUCCAAGACCUGCUUUAGCUAAAAACACCAUGCUGGCUGAAGUGGUGGAGAAACUGAAGAAGACCGAACUAAAAGCUGCUGUUCCUGCUCCACCUGGAGACGUGGAGUGUGACAUCUGUACUGGGAGAAAACUCAAAGCCGUCAAGUCCUGUCUGGUGUGUCUGGAGUCUUACUGUCAAACUCACUUUGAGCGUCAUGAGGAGUUUCGCUCAGGAAAGAGACACAAAGUGACUGAUGCCACUGGACGACUGCAGCAGAUGAUCUGCUGUCAACAUAAUAAGCUUCUGGAGGUUUUCUGUCGUACUGACCAGCAGUGUGUUUGCAUGAUGUGUGCAAUGGAAGAACAUAAAACCCAUGAGACUGUAUCGACUGCAGCAGAGAGGACAGAGAAAGAGAAACACUUGAAGGAGACACAGAGAAAACUCCAGCAGAGAAUCCAGCAGAGACAGAAAGAUCUCCAGCAGCUGAGAGAGGCUGUGGAGGCUCAUAAGCGCUCUGCACAGACAGCAGUGGAGGACAGUGAGAGGAUCUUCGCUGAGCUCAUCCGCUCCAUUGAGAGAAGCCGCUCUGAGGUGACACAGCGGAUCAGAGAUCAGGAAAAGACUGCAGUGAGUCGAGCUGAAGGACAAAUGGAGCGACUGGAGCAGGAGAUUGAAGAUCUGAAGAGGAGAAACGCUGAGCUGGAGCAGCUCUCACUCACAGACGAUCACAUCCAGUUCCUGCAGCGUCUUCAGUCUUUCUCAGCUCCUCCUGAAUCUACAGAAAACAUCUCUGUCCGUUUCCUCGUUUCUUUUGAUGGCGUGAGAGAAUCUGUCGGUCAGCUGAGACACAAACUGGAGGGUUUCUGCAAAGAGGAGAUGAAAAAUCUAUCUGUCCCUCACAGUAACAUUGUUCCCGGGACCAGAGAGCAUCUCCUACAAUAUUCCCAUCAGCUCACUCUGGAUCCAAACACUGCACAUAAAUGCCUCAUUCUGUCUGAAGGGAACAGAGUGGUGACUUGCACUGGCACAGUCCAGCCGUAUCCUGAUCAUCCGGACAGAUUUGAUUAUUAUCCUCAGGUGCUGUGUACAGAGAGUGUGUGUGGACGCUGCUACUGGGAGCUGGAGUGGAGUGGAUCUGUAUAUGGUGUUGGUAUAUCAGUGUCAUAUAAGAGCAUCAGCAGGAAGGGAUCGGGUUAUGAGUGUUUCUUUGGAUUUAAUGAUCAGUCCUGGAGUUUGUCCUGCUCUCCCUCCAGUUUCUCAUUCUGGCACAAUAACAAGCAGACUAAACUCCCUGUUCCCUCCAGCUGCAGUAGAAUAGGAGUGUAUGUGGAUCACAGUGCAGGAACUCUGUGCUUCUACAGCGUCUCUGACACAACGAGCCUCAUCCACACAGUCCAGACCACAUUCACUCAGCCGCUCUAUCCUGGGUUCAAUGUUUAUGGUCGUCAAUCAUCAGCAAAACUAUUAGAAGUAAGUAAUAUGUAGAGAUUUUACACAUUGUACUGCUAUAUGCCAAC